AUGGAGGAGACGUUGCUGAAACUGAGUGUUUCGACUGUUUGUUGCCUUCUGGCCGCUGCCUGCUGCAGGGCGCAAGGUGCUGCCUCGAAGCCCAAAAAAGAGAGGAAAGAAAGCCGGCCGGACAGGAUCAGCGUUAGCAGCGCCAGCCAAAUUAGCAGUGCCAGCUCGGCUUCAGAUGUGGUCAGUGUUCAGAGCGGCAGUGGUGAGCUGGAGCCUGUAAAUCUGCAGAUUGACGACGAUUCGGAGGGUGAUGCUGGUAGCAUCAAUCGCCGGAGACUGCUGACUGACUCGCCAGCUUGUGCAUCUUCCAUCAGAUUUUCAACAGCUGGCAUCUCAGUGCAUGUGCAAGGCAUUCAGUCGUAUCGGAAGAAGAACAUCUCCAUCUCAAAUGUGGUGGCACUGCAUCUGGCAGGCAGUUUGCCAUUGGCAGAUGCAAGGGUUUUAAAAGGGGGAAGACUGCGUCGUGUUGGAGAUGACAGCAGGACCGCUCUGUGCAGGCUUACCCUACUGGAAGGCAGGACAAUUCCCCAAAACUCCCAAAGUUCUCAAAGCCGAGGCCUUGGCCGCUUGCUUGUUUGCGACUCUGUGUUUUUCAACUUUGCUGCAGAGCAAUGGCAGCCGAUCUCCCGACUUGGUGUCUACAUGUCGCCCAGGCAUACAUUGUAUUGUGCAUUUGUUCCGACUGAUGACCUUCUCUUUAUCAAGGUUGGCUACCGUGCCAUGUCGGAAAAGAGAGCAGAGUCAAUCUUGCCAUACAUCGAGCACAAGACGAAGCGACUGCGCAUAACCAACGUGGCGGGAGCAGGCGUCUUCCUGAUGCCGUUACCCCGGAGCCAUGAGGCCUUCGAUGACCCAGCGAGGGCAGCCGAAGAGUCUCUGAAGUCGGCUAUCCGCUGCAGCAAAGUACUGCAGGCAAGUCCGAGUGGUUGUAACAUGGAGUUCGUCACUUUCAGCACCUCCUUGGAGUACUUCCUUGUCAAGUCAAAGGAGUCGAAGGAGUCAAAGGAAGGCUCAGCCGGCUCAGCCGGCUCAGCCUUGCAGGCCCUGACUCAAACCCUGCGCGACUUCAGCGGAGACCAAGGAUUGCUGCCCCUGCGGGCUGUUGCGACGCCACCUUCCAAGCAACAUGGGCGUUCUGGCAAGCGGCGUCUCGUCGCCUGGAGUGAGCAGUCCGCUCAGCCCACUCAGUCCGCUCAGUCCGCUCGCCCUCCUCCCGCAACUCCUGUGGCUGGGCUUGCUAGGCCUUCAUCCGUGCGCAGUCGGCAGUUCAUUUCACAGAUGGCUUCUGCUCGUGGGCCUUUCGCCCGCCGACAGUCAAGGCGCUGGAGGGAUCUUUCGUUUCCCCGGGCAAAGAAAAGGCGAAAAGCCAAGUCCUGUCCUUAG